AUUGAUGGUUGUGGUGACAUAGACGCACUUUGGAAUAAAUUAAUUUGCUUGUAAUAACGCCGCUCAUUAUUUCGGCGAAUCUCAAUCGCGUUUUGUACGUGAAACUACAACUGGAUGGAAACUGCCCAGUUGGCGUAAAAUAAACAGAGAUAGAGUUUUGCAUUGCUCACAUUGAUCGAGCCACCUUAAAGCCAACGCUAAUAGGUGCUGAGCCUAUAUAUUAGGAUAAUACACAGCAACAGGUUCUAUAGUAGUUUGAGGGUUUACACGAUGCUUUACGCAAUUCAGGUUCUAUUUUCUCAUCCUCGAAACCUCUCGUCUUAUUCAUGCUAUUAUUAGAGUUUUCCUGAAGUAGCCUUUUCAGAUUAUCCGUUUUUGGGGCAAGUUGCACUGUAAAAUUACAACUCUCACAAAGAGAAGUAGUGAAAGAAAAAGAAUAUACCACUUUUAGGACCCAAAGAGCAAGGAGAAACUAAUCAGCGCGAAAUCUGCGGAGACUCAAACUCCUGAGGAACCAGCUGCAACUGGUUUUCUCAGUAGGAAAACGAAGUCACGUGAUCCAAAGGAUAGCAGCCCACCUGUCGCCUGACUUAUAUUGAAUGGACAGGAUGUGGAAUGGACGAAUCAUUCAUUACCUACUUGUUGCUAUGAUGUGUGAGAGUACACCACGCGUAGUCGCCAUUACAGAUAUCCGUCUCGUAGAUGGCGCUUCUCCGAACGAGGGUCGGUUAGAAAUCGAUGACCCCUCCCAAGGGUGGGGCACUGUCUGUAGCACCGGAUGGGGUGUCAGUGACACGGAAGUAAUCUGUCGUGAGCUUGGCUUUCCUGGGGCUAACGCAUUCGUCUUCACCAACUCUCCGUUUGGCCAAAGCAACUUACCUAUUCUUAUCAAUAAUGUUGAUUGUUACGGGAAUGAAAGCUCCCUAAAUGACUGCUAUUUUGACGAGAUACUCACUAGAUGCACCCAUCAAACAGAUGUGGGCAUUAUUUGUCAUAAGCCUGGUUACAUCGGCUGUUUCGGAGACUCUUUUGAACGAAUCUUCCAGGGUGCUUCCUUGAUCGAUACGGUGGGCAUGACUAUAGAUGUUUGUCUCGAAUUCUGCAGAAAUCAGAGUUUCAAAUACGCUGGUUUAGAAUACGCAAGUGAAUGUUACUGCGCAGAUGCAGACACGAAGUACGACGUGCACGGAACGCACGACGACUCGGAGUGUCAGUACAUUUGCAUGGGCAACACGCUCGAGAGAUGUGGUGGUCUCGGUCGAAUUUCGGUCUUUGAUACUACGAUCGGAUUUUGUGAAGAUCCCGGGGAACCAGAGUAUGGAACGCGACAGGGGGACUGGUUCCGUUAUGGAGCUGCGGUGACCUUUGACUGCGCGGAGGGAUACACUUUAAUUGGAAAUCAAACCAUCCAGUGUCUUACAGCAAACGGUUCACCAGCCGUUGACUGGGAUGCUGAUAAUCCCAUGUGUGUAGGUCCGACCGAUAUUCCAACCACAAAUGCCCCCUCAACGGCACAGCCUACAACCGAGUCCACAACAGGUUUCUUUACAACGACAAUUACAGAUCCAUCGACAACGAUGGAAGCUACAACAGAGAUCACUACGGCUGGGACUAGUACAACAGAAUCGACAACAUUCAUUACAACGCCUGAGACGACAACAGCUGCGACGACAGAAAAGAGCACGCAAUUCACAACCGAAGGGACUAAAUCGACCGUAACAACAACAACAACAUUUAUUCCAACAACUGGAACGACAGCGAUAGAAACGACCACAGAGUUAAAAUCAACUGAGACCAGUACCACCGUGCCUACGACAUCACAAAUCCCGAUAAUAACCACAACGGAUAGUGAAAGAACAGUGACUCUCAAUAUUGAUACAACGACUGACGGUACUGCCACAGAUAUGGGUACUGCCACAGAUAUUGGUACCACAUCGCCUGACGUUACUACAACAUUUCAAACAACGACUGUGGAUUCAAUAACUACAGGAACACCGCCAACAACGACAGAAGUUACAGCAGAAACCACAAUUGACGACAAAACUGAUCCAGCGAUAUCUGAAUCAACGGGUGGUACUAAAUCCCCAGAGGGUAGCACCAGAGCCACACCCAUCGGUUCCUCUACCACGGAGGGUCUUACCCCUAACGUUGGGUCUCAGAAGGGCAAAUGGCCUUGGCCACCAGUUGGCAUAGGUCUUCUCCUUGGAGGGAUAAUACUCGGUCUCCUUCUCAUUCUCCUCGUCAUAUGCCUAGUCGUAACCAGCCCAAGAGCAAGGGUAAAGAAAGGGGAAGAGGAUGCGGUCCGCCUGCAAAACGCCCGUCACUCCCCUGUUGGCAACAGUUACUCACCCGACAUCAUCCUAGAUCGUGACGGCCGUCAGACUUAUCGGAGGACCGGGAGUCAGCCGGCCGAGGAUUCAGAGACGUACGACAACGGCGCGUUCCUAGCAGACGACGCUUCUGUCAUAGGGGUGUACGGCGAACGACAGAGGGCGGUCGAGAACCCGUACGCGACUUUUCAGUCAGACAACACGUCCAAGAAAAUCCUCUUCGCUGAAACCGCGCGAAAAUUAAAUCAGAUCUACGUACCGGGUAGUCCCAACGAGUCAACGUUGAGUAGAGGAACAAGAAGAAGUGGCAGCGAUCACUACGGUGCUCAGCUGGUUGUGUAGUUCUCUCGUAAUUCUUCCUUUUAUAAUUUUUAUUAAAAGAAAAUUUGGUUAUGAUCGCACUUCUAUUUUGUAUUUUAAGCUUAUUUGGAAAAAAAGAGAGUGUUGUCGAAUUGUGUAUGUGAGAGUUGGAGUAUGUUUAUGUGUUAUAAUACAGUGGCAUCAACGAGCCCGACUUUAGACCGGUCGUUGAAUGUCAUUUGAAAUAAUGUAAUAGAUUUGAUCGGUUUUGUUAUGGCUUUGUUGGUGAGACAGAAGUAUCAUGAGUAAGAUAAUAAUAAACAAAAACUGAUUACGUUUUACUAUAGGGGUAUCAUUUAAUGAUGAUAUUUGGUAAGAACGAUUAAAUUAUUUCAAAUGGUGAUUACAGUAGUUCUAAAAUUAAAUGUUAAAUUAACUUUUGAAUCGUUGGAGGAGUGACAACCUAUUUUAAAUGUUGUAUUUACUAAUUUAAAUGGUUCUACCCAACACAAAAGCUUGUUAUUUAAAACUCGAGUCGAGAUAUAAUUAUAUUACUUACAAAUUCUUAUUUUCAACUGUUUCAAAAAAUACCUAUGAAUGCCACAUUUUCAUCAGGAAGUAUUUUUAAAAAAGCGAAAAUCUUAGCCAAAAUUGAGAAACAAGUUUAUUCUUCUAAACGGUUGGUUUUUGUAACGGCUUAUCAAUUCUCUUGUUAAUUGUCAGAUUAUAAUGAAUUUGAUUUUGCUCAUUAAACAAGGUGCGAACAUCAUUUCAAAAGUGGAAUUUCUGCGCCUUAACAGGCUAAUUUAUGUAUCAUGUAAUUGUCAUUUUAUGACGUUGUAUUUGGAAAGUAUUUCUUUUUAUUUGAGUGUGCAUAUCCUACUGGAAAGAACAAAUUAACCCCGUUCUCAUUACCGCCCUAGAACUAGUUUAACCAGAGGCGUCGAUCGCCCCACCAAUGAAAA